CCCACUCUUAAGCUCCCCCCAGCCCUCACCGGAUGAAAAUAGCUUGAUACAUUGCAGUCUACGGUUAGAAGCCAUUAUAAUUCACACUGUGAUUUCCACGGCAAAGCUUCAAAGGGUUUUAUUAGACACGGUUGUACCAGUUGUAUUAUAUUAUCGCAUUUAAAAGAGUAGUUAAGUAGAGAGACGAAGUAAUCAAGGGUUUUACGACGACUGCAUUUUCUACCCAGGUUUUGAGGCGCGGAGGGAUCUGACGAUAGCAGAAGCUGAAGAGGGGGGGAGAAGUCGUCUACAUCCGCAGGCAUCGAUUUCCCACUUUAAUCUUGGUUUUACCGUCGGUGCUUGGCUUUUCUUCUUGGUCUCUGCCCUCAUUUAGAUGGCAAGCUUCCCAGACUCUAUAAACGAAAAUGAUAUAGGUAAGGCGAAGUUCAUUGGUGAACUCCUGGUGCCUGUUGCUCCCUUUGACCAGAAGUCUGGGCAUGAAGCUUGGACUGUAGCGUUUGCACCCAAUGGUUCUUACUUCGCUUGGUCUCAGGGGCAUCGCAUUGUCAGGCUCAUUCCCUGGCCAAAAUGUCUGACCAAUUUUUCAGUGGGCCAGGAUGGAGAAGGCACUAAUGCGUUAAGUCCCCGACGCUUUUCCCGUCAGAACAGUGAUGGAGGCCAGUAUAUACAGACAGCCAGCGAUCCCAGAGAGCACACCAUUGACUGCGGCGACAUCGUCUGGGGUUUGGCUUUUGGCUCAUCUGUGCCUGAGAAGCAGAGCCGUUGUGUUAACAUCGAAUGGCACCGGUUUAAAUUCGGCCAGGACCAAUUGCUACUGGCAACUGGCCUCAACAACGGUCGCAUCAAAAUCUGGGAUGUUUACACUGGUAAACUGUUGCUGAAUCUCAUGGAUCAUUCUGAUGUAGUGCGAGACUUGACCUUUGCUCCUGAUGGAAGCCUCAUGUUGGUUUCAGCAUCCAGAGAUAAGACCCUCCGUGUGUGGGACCUCAAAGAUGAUGGUAACAUGGUGAAAGUUUUGCGGGGUCACCAGAAUUGGGUCUACUGCAGCGCCUUUUCCCCUGACUCGUCCAUCCUGUGCUCUGUCGGCACAGGCAAAGCAGUGUUCUUGUGGAACAUGGAUAAAUACACGUUAAUCCGGAAGUUGGAGGGCCACCACAAUGACGUGGUGUCUUGUGAGUUUUCACCAGAUGGGGCGCUGUUGGCCACUGCCUCCUAUGACACGCGGGUCAUUGUCUGGGAUCCCCACAAGGCCAUGAUCCUUCUCGAGCUGGGCCACCGCUUUCCUCCGCCAUCACCCAUUUUUGCUGGAGGGUCAAAUGACCGCUGGGUGCGCUCUGUGAGCUUCUGCCCCGACGGCCGCCACAUCGCCAGCAUUACUGAUGACAGACUGGUCCGUUUCUGGAGUAUUGAAGAAAGAGCUCCCCAGGCCAUCGCCUCUCUGCCCAAUGGCCUUUGCUGUGCCUUCUCUCCUGAAGGAAGUGUCCUUGCUGCUGGAACCUGUGACGGCGGCGUGCACUUUUGGGAGUGUCCUCGUAGCACUGCCAGCCUGCAGCACAUGUGCAGGAUGGCUCUCAGACGAGUGAUGACCACACAGCAGGUGGAGUCGCUGGCCAUUCCCAUGCCGCUCCGUGACUACCUGUCCUACAAAGUCAUCUGAUUCUCCUCGAGCAUCCGUCGGUGUGCGCACAGCACGCCAGAAAGCUGACAAUGAAUCACACCGUCUCUGUAUUUAUUUUCAGAGAAGUCUGUAAGAUUUGUGAACGUUGAGAGGAUCACAAUUCCAUUUGAAUAACGUCAUCUCAAAUUCCCAGCACAUAGUCCCAGAAUAGGAUGUUAUUUUGUAUAUAUUUAUUUUUGUAAUGGCUUAUUGUACAAUGAAUGGUGUGCUGGAACCAGUGCGCCAUCAACGCCUGUGAGGUCAACUUCUUUCUUGUGCUUUUUUCUCCUGUGUCAAUCAUCAGCUUUUAAACUCAACUAUCAAGUUUUCCGCUUCUUUUUCUGCCUCAGGCUCACUUGAACAGUCUUCAUCUUUUCCUCUGCCUUGAAAUGGCUUUUGCACUUAGUACAAGGGGCUUUGCCGUGAUGCGUGGUUUAAAUGUCUUUGCUGUUUGCACAUAGGUGAGAACAAGUUGGAACAUAUGGUGAACUUAAACCUCUUUCACAAUGGCAUCUGAACUAUUUUUUUCCCUCUGGCCUUUUCCUGCACUUUCCUCGCCUUGUAAAACGUAUCAGACACCAAACGCUGCCAGCCACGACAGAAGUGUAAAGUUUUAACACCCACGACUGACUGUCUGCAUCCCUUUGUGUUAAAAGUAGUUGAUGAUUUCAGGCAAUAAUUCAGAAAGCGGAAUUCCAUGCCGUGUCGUGAGUCAUUGUGAAGAGACAGGCAGAACGGUCCCGGUUCUGCAAUUAUUCCUCUGAUGUGCUACUUUGGCUGGAAUGCUAGCAGCAAGGUUUUUUUGUUUGAAAAUGUCCCCGGAAAUAUUCGAAAUUCAGUAUUUACUGUUUUCUUUAAAGUCUUAAUCGCACUCAAUGUCCAGUCCCCACCUUUUCUCUACAACUGCUUUGCCAACAACAAAAUGUGGGUGUACUUUUACCCAGUUGCGGUUCUUUUUCUCAAUGCAUAGUUAAUCGCCUCCCGCCUUUUGUCUAAAUGACAAUUUCACCAAACUGAUAUGCUCAACCAAGUGUAGCACAUUCACCCUCAAGAGUGACUUUCUUCUGCUAAAACAAACCUGCAUGUUUUUCUGCCCUCCCAGUGUUUAAUGACCUCUAAUGAAAACAAAACACCUCUUAGGCUUAGCUGCAAACUUGUGUAAAAGCUUCAUACCCAAGAAAAUGUGGUAUGAGAUGUACAUACAGUAUUGGUAAACCUAUCGACUUAAUCUUCAUUUUGUUUUUGUUUGUUUGUUUUUUCCUCGAGAAACGUGAAAGUAUAAACAACUAAAUGUCUCUGUUCUACAGUUUAAUUUUGGGACCGUAGCACUAAAUGCAACGGUUGUAUGCCAAUAUGAAACGAGCGCGAAUUUUGGAAGUACAUAAUUGGAUUCAUGAUUGCAGUCUCAUGAGAUGCAAGUUUGCUUUAUUAGAAAUAUGCACAAGCCACAGUAAUGCUUUAAGAUGCUCAAUUUGUCACUUUCAGUUUGUGCUGUUGUGUCUAUGUGAGGACAGGACGUGAAAGAAGGGAAAGUGAGCACAAUGUUCGAGUUUUUGUGUUAAUGUGAGCAAGUCAGUGCAGAGCAGCUGUCAGAUUCUUCUGAGCAAUAAGUUCUCCGCAACUGAAGGUUGCGUUACCCAACAUUGAAGUACUUCUGAACUAAGAACGAAAAGAGGUCUGAAGUUCCAUGCAGUAUGAAUUGCUUAAGGUAUCAACUGAAUGUAAGCUCCUGCCAUUUUAAGGAAGUGUUUUUGUAGUUUCAAUAAAGGCUUUUUGACAAUA